AUGCUUCUCCCAUGUCCUGUUUUCUCUUUGUGCAGAAACACCUGCCAGUCCCUCAGUCCUGGCACUCUUCUCACAAGGUCUCUGCUCUCUGCAGGAAGAGGAGACACUUUCACCAUCAACUGUUCAGGCUUUGACCGGUACGGGGUGGAUCCUGCUGCCUUCCAAGCAGUGUUUGACAGAAAGGCCUUCCGUCCAGUCGUCAACUACAGCAUCCCCACUCAUGUCAACAUCUCCUUCACUAUGUCUGCCAUUGUGGAAGUGGACGCACAGCUUCAACUGAUGACAUCUUUCCUGUGGCUAAACGUGAUCUGGUACAAUCCAUUCAUCAGGUGGAACCCAGAGGAAUGUGGAGGCAUCAGGAAGAUCAGCAUAGCAGCUGAGUAUCUUUGGCUUCCAGAUAUCUUCAUCAAGGAGUUCAUGGAUGUGGAUCAGACAGCUACAGGUCUCAUGGCUUAUGUCAACAGUGAAGGUUUCAUCAAAUAUGAAAAGCCGAUGAAGGUGGUCAGCAUCUGUAACCUGGACAUCUUCUAUUUCCCCUUUGAUGAACAGAACUGCACGCUCACCUUCAGCUCAUUCAUCUAUACAGUGGAGAAUGUGGUCCUGGGCAUGGAGAAGAAAGUGCAGGAGAUUUCGAACACAUCACAGAACCUCAUUCGGAGCAAGGGGGAGUGGGUACUUUUGGGUAUCCACCAGAGAAUGAUGAAGAUGACUGUGGGCACCAACCAGUAUGACCAAAUCAUUUUCUAUGUGGCCAUCAGGCGCAGGCCCAGACUCUACGUCAUAAACCUCCUGGUGCCCAGCGGCUUUCUGGUUGUUAUCGACGCCCUCAGCUUCUAUCUGCCGGCAGAAAGCGAGACUCGUGCCCCAUUCAAGAUGACACUUCUGCUGGGCUACAACGUCUUCCUGCUCAUGAUGAAUGACUUACUCCCAGCGACUGGCACCCCCCUCAUCAGUGUGUACUUUGCCCUGUGUCUGUCCCUGAUGGUGGUCAGCCUCCUGGAGACCAUCUUCAUCACCUACCUGCUGCAUCUGGCCACCACCCAGCCCCCACCCAUGCCUCGGUGGCUCCACUCUCUGCUUCUCUACUGGGCCAGCCCAAGGACAUGCUGCCCCACUGUGCCCCAGAAGGGAAAUAAGGGCCUGGGCCCCACCACCACCCACCUGCCUGGCGUGAAGGAGCCCGUGGAGUUGGUGGGGAAGGUGGCAGGUCCCAGAGAGGCAGAGUUAACUGGGAGCCCUGAGUCAAGGGCCCAGGAGGAACAAGAGGCUCAGAGGCAGCCCUUGGUCGACCUGUGGAUGCAGUUCAGCCACAUGAUGGACACCCUGCUCUUCCGCCUCUACCUGCUCUUCAUGGCCACCUCCGUGGUCACGGUCAUCAUCCUCUGGAACACCUAA